AGUUUGGAACGAGGCCGAGGGCAAAUCGAAGAAUAUAUCUACCGGACGAAUGCGUCCACUCUAUACAUCUUGCUCAGAGCACUACCACGCUCUGGAGCGCAAUUCACUUGAACAGACCACUAUCGAUCCGAACACCUCACAAGGGAUGUCCGUCAUUUCUUCUGAAAAGCCCCAGGCCAACGGCUCACCAUUCCUCCGACUCCCAACAGAGAUUCGCCUCCACAUCUAUUCCCUCCUAGUCCUCCCCCGUCAACCUUCCGACCUACUCCCAUCCUACGAGAAGAUCACCUCAAGCACACAAGACUACUACGACUACGACAAAACCCGCUUCGGCACAGACCGAACAACCACCAACCCAACCCUCCACAUCCGCACCUUCGACCCACAGACCUAUCCCCGACGCUAUGGCACCAACCGCUCCCAUAUCCGCAGCAAAUACAGCGUCCGCGGCCAAAGCAUGCGUUUCCGCUGCAUGGAAACAACCUACCACUGCGUCAACAACCCGAAAAUCGAAUCCAACAUGGCGCUCCUCCGUACCAACAAGCAAAUCCACGCCGAAGCCGCCGAACUCCUCUACAGCAGCUACACUUUCGACUUUGACACCCACGUCGAAGCCAUCGCGCCGUUUAUGGCGGACUUGACCCCUUUCGCCCGCAGCUGUAUCAAAAGCGUGCGCAUCGUCAAACGUGCUCUGGCUUACCAGAAGGAAUUCGACAAGUGCGAGUGGUCCGGCGCAUUACGCGCAUUGACGGACUCUGGCAAUGGGAUCGUAUUGCGGAAAUUGGAGCUCGGGAUUGUAGCUGGCCGACCGGGUCCGGAUGGUUGGGACGAUGUGUCGACGUACAAUGCGAGCGACUUUGGUAUCUUACGCGAGCAGGAGAAUAUGGAGUGGAUUCAGUAUUUGCUCGCGUUUCGGGGCUUGCAGGAAUUGGAGGUGGAUGCUGUGAUUGAGCAUUGUCCGCCGGUGACGAGCAGUACGAAUAUGGCGAAUUAUGUGAGGUUUUCGGCGAGUGUUGAAGGAGGCUUUCGAGAGUGGUUGAAGGGAGAGAUUUUGGAGAAAGGGCUGAGCUCGAAGGCGUGA